GGGGGGGAGGCUCCAGCUCGUAUAACAACGGUGUUAUCCGAAAAUUCUUUCCUGGGUGCUUUCUUCCUCUCCUUUUCAUCUGCCUUUGCUGCAGCUCAUUUUCUCAAGCCAGGCCCGGCCAAUUCUUGCUGGCUUCCGCGCCGCAGCUCUCGUUACGCCCUUCCACCAACGGUCUCUACCGAAAGCCCCACGCCCACGCGCGGCAAAAAGCCUUGACACAGCCAUGCGCUGCAUGCGGCUCCGGCACGUAGCCUCCCUACUGCUAGGGAUCGCUGCGUCUGGUGCCCUGGCAUCGCCGGCGCCGGUGCGGAGAGAGGUCACUUACAAGCCGAACCCGGAGCGGGCGGCCGCGGUCAAGGAGGCGUUCCGCAGGAGCUGGGACGGCUACUACCAAUAUGCCUUCCCCCACGACAGCCUCAAGCCCAUCUCGAAAUCGUGGGACGACGACCGUAAUGGCUGGGGUGCUAGCGCCAUCGACGCGCUCAGCACUGGGCUGUUGAUGUCCGAGGACGACAUUGUCCAGCAGAUACUGGACUUUGUUCCCACCAUCAACUUUGAUACCACCAAGACGGAGGUCAGCCUCUUUGAGACAACCAUCCGCUACCUCGGCGGACUUGUAUCAGCCUACGAUCUCCUGACCGACUCGUCGGGCAAGUACAAGACCACAAACGCCAGCACGGCCAAGGCGGUCCUAGCGCAGGCGGAGCGGCUGGCGACGAACAUCAAGUUCGCCUUCGAUACGCCCAGCGGCGUGCCCGACAACUCCAUCUUCCUGAACCCAGCGCGGCUGUCGGGCAGCCAGACCAACGGCAUCGCCACCAUCGGCACGCUGGUGCUCGAGUGGACGCGCCUGAGCGACCAGACGGGCAACCCAGUCUUCGGCGCGCUCGCCCAAAAGGCCGAGUCGUACCUGCUCGACCCGAAACCCGCCCUGGGCGAGCCGUUCCCGGGCCUGCUCGGGCUCGACGUCAACGUCACCACGGGCCUCUUCGUCGACGGCCGCGGCGGCUGGGGCGGCGGCAGCGACAGCUUCUACGAGUACCUCAUCAAGAUGUACCUCUACGACCCGGAGCGCUUCGCCGGCUACAAGGACCGCUGGAUCGUCGCGGCCGACUCGAGCAUCAAGUACCUGGUGUCGCACCCGUCCACGCGGCCCGACCUGACGUUCCUGGCCUUUUAUCAGAACACAACCCUGCGCUACGUGUCACAGCACCUGGCCUGCUUCGCCGGCGGAAACUUCAUCCUGGGCGGCCUCACGCUCAGCGAGCAAAAGUACGUCGACUUCGGCCUCGAGCUGACCAAGGCCUGCCGCGAGACGUACGUGCAGACGGCGACGGGCAUCGGGCCCGAGGUAUUCCGGUGGCAGGUGGCGGGCGAGACGACGACGAACAACCCGGCGCCGCCGGCCGAGCUGGCGGCCUUUUAUGGGCGGUCCGGCUUCUGGAUCUCGCCCGGCGACGGCGGCGGGGGCAGCUACCAGCUGCGGCCUGAGGCGAUCGAGUCGUACUACUACGCCUACCGCGCCACGGGCGACCCCAAGUACCAGGAGUGGGCCUGGGAGGCCUUCUUGGCCAUCAACGCCACGUGCGCCCAGGGCGUGGGCUACACGGCGCUGGGCGACGUCAACGCCCCCGGCGGCGGCGUCCCGCAGGACACGCAGGAGAGCUUCUGGUUCGCCGAGACGCUCAAGUACUCGUACCUCAUCCACGCCGACGACGCGCCGUGGCAGCUCAAGCGCGACAGGACCAAUGGCUGGGUCUACAACACCGAGGCCCACCCCGUCAAGGUUGCCGGCCGUCCGGGUUGAGGGGUUUCCUAAUGGGGCCGCUUAGGGGUUUGGCAUAUGGAGCAUGUCGAGAUGGCGCGGGCCAAGGGGCAAUCACGACGCAUUGGACAUAUUUAGGAUAUAAGUGCAUUAUAUGUGUAGGUAGGUAGGUACCUAACCUACAUAAUGUUCAUGUCUAAUUUUCAUACUUUUAAACCAUGGAAAAC